CCAUCAACCCCUCAACUCUCAGUACACAUCAUCGUUGUCCAACCCUUUUUCUUGCUCUUCUCCACUGCAGCUGAUUGAUCGAGCUCACUCAGCAUCUGACCCGGCCGAUUCCGAUCCACCACUACUCUAUGUCUAGCAUGGACAUGGUCACAUGGACAUGGACAUGGCCAUGAUGGGCUUCGAUGAGGACCUAGACCAGGUGCUGGCGGCGAUGGGCCCCGCCGACAGCUCGGCGACGUCGUCUGCGCCCAACGCCGCCGCACCAGCACCACUAGCUGUCGUCCCAGCAGGCAGCAGCGACGAUGAGGAGGCCGCCGCCGCGGAUAGCGCCGACGACCUCCGGAGGGGCCCCUGGACGGUGGACGAGGACAUCCUCCUCGUCAACUACAUCGCCGCCCACGGCGAGGGCCGCUGGAACUCGCUCGCCCGCUCCGCGGGCCUGAAACGCACCGGCAAGAGCUGCCGCCUGCGGUGGCUGAACUACCUGCGGCCCAACGUGCGGCGGGGCAACAUAACCGCCGAGGAGCAGCUGCUGAUCCUGGACCUGCACUCGCGCUGGGGCAACAGGUGGUCCAAGAUCGCGCAGCAGCUCCCCGGGCGCACCGACAACGAGAUCAAGAACUACUGGCGCACCCGCGUGCAGAAGCACGCCAGGCACCUCCGCUGCGACGUCAACAGCGCCCACUUCCGCCACAUCGUGCGCCACGUCUGGAUGCCUCGCCUGCGAGAGCGCGCCCAGGCCGGCGGCGUACAGGCUCCAGCUACCACCACGGCCAGCGCGCCGCCCGCGUGUUAUAACUACUGCGGGAGCCAACACCUGGUGCAGCAGCAAGGCGCCCACCGCGGCGUGACGGCGGCGAGCGAAGCUCACCACCACCACCAAUACUACAGCGAGCCGGCAGGCCCGACGUCGGCGGCCACGGCCCUCAGCCCCGACGACGCCUCCAGCGCGCUGCGGUCGUCGUCGCUCAGGGCGGACGACGCGUCGCAUUACACUGCAGCUUACACUUACACCUCGGCGGCCACGGCGACCCCGACGACGAACGACCAAGGCUACGAACAAACUACGACUGACGACGACGUGUUCGCCGGGUCGACCACAUCGGAGCUCCUCGUCACCGCUACCGGCGGCCCUGACGACGAGUACAGCUCCAUGAUCGGCCUGCAGCUGCAGGACUUUGGGUUUGAGGAUUUCGAGUACGGCCUGUGGAGCCUGGAUGACCUUUGCUAACAGCCUAACAGCAGCUGUGCUGAGCUCACCACCACCAUACAUGCACACCAACCUAGGAGUAGUCGAGUAGUCGACAAGCAAGUCAGUGAGGCCCGGCCCGGUUGUAUCUUGCUCGAAGUAGAUUGAGGGGAUUGAAUUAUCUUCUAGGAGUAUUAAAUUUUGGCUAAAGAUAGAUUUAAUUGUU